CUAAAUGGAGAACUUAUUAACGUUACCAUCUCAGUAACCAGACUUCCAGGUUAACGGAGAAGGGGAACGGUGUGCGUGUGUCAGCGGUUCCCUCCGACCAAAGGACGAGCGGAGCGGCUGCAGAGCCCAGUCCCGCCCCCGUGGUCUGUCUGUCUGUGCCCCCGUCACAUACUGAGCGCUGCACACCCGCGCGCCACUUCCAGCUCUCGAGCGCCUUCUCUCUCUCCCUCACGCGCGCAACUUGAGCCAGCCCCGGACCGCGACAAUGUCCGAAUACUUCAGCCUGUCGGACUGCGACGUCAUCGGCUUCGACCUGGACCACACGUUGUGCCGCUACCGUCUGAAGGAGACCUCCAGGCUGAUCUACGAGAGCUUUGCUAGGUAUCUGGUGGAGCAUAAGGGAUACGACAAAGACCUUCUGAAUCUGACGCCUACUACCUGGGAUUUCUGUUUUAAGGGCUUAGUGGUGGAUCUGGAAGAUGGGAACAUUGUGAAGCUGGCUGAAGAUGGCACUGUCUUACGGGCAACACAUGGAACCAACGACCUCAGCACAGAAGAAAUCAUCAAACAUUACGGGCCACAACGGGAGUGGAAGCACUUCAACAGCCUAAACACCUCCUUCACCAGAUCAGCUAAAUACUACUUCUACGACAAUUACUUUGAUCUUCCGGGUGCUCUGCUCUGUGGAAAGGUUGUGGACAUGUUACUGAAGCGGGGAAAUGAGGUGAACUCUGAGUUUUGGAAGGACAUGGUGGCUGCCAUCGACCAUAAUUACAAUACAUCUGCAUUCAAAGAGGAUGCAGGGACUUAUUUUCCCAGCAUAAAGAGAGAUCCAGGCCGUUAUUUGCAGCCCUGCUCAGACUCUGUGAAGACCUGGCUGCGCAGCAUGAAGACUGCCGGGAAGGUUCUCAUCCUCAUCACCAGCUCCCACAGUGACUAUUGCAGACUCAUCUGUGACUACAUCCUGGGGAAGGAUUUUGAGGAGCUGUUUGACGUCAUCAUCACCAACGCCCUGAAGCCUGGCUUUUUUUCCUUGGUGCCCCAGCAGAGGCCCUUUAGGACCCUUGUGAAUGAUGUGGAAGAAACGGAGGGGCUGCCAUCGCUGGACAAGCCCGGCUGGUACUCCCAGGGCAACUGGCCACACCUCCACGAGCUGCUUAAGACCAUAACAGGAAAACCAGAACCCAAGGUAGCGUAUUUUGGCGACAGCAUGAGGUCCGACAUAUUCCCCGCCACCACCUUCGGGAAGUGGGAGACUGUGAUGAUAGUGGAGGAGAUGGAGGGAGAGGGCGUUCCCAAGAGUGACACGGCAAUGUCCAACGAGUCCCAAGUGGAGCCGCAAGAGAAAAGAGGAAAGUUUGAGGAUCAGGGCAUGAAGUCACCCUCUGACGUGUCCAACCAGUGGGGCUCCUACUUUGUUGAUGUGCACAGAAGUGGAGGGGGUGACGAGGAGCACCAGAAACUGACCUGGUGUUGUCACUGCAUUCACACAUACAGCACCAUGGCCAUCCCCAGCGUGGAGCACAUAGCAGAUCUUCCUCUGGAUUACAAGUUCCCCAGGUUUUCCCCAGACAAGCCCUGCACUGUUGGCUACUACCCCAGGCCUCCAGAUUCUGUGCUGAAGAGGUGCGAGGAGAUGUCGUAAAAAAGGGAAAAAAUGGGAUAAUAAGGAAGAGAAGAAAAAAAAAGUCCUCCCUAACCCCUCUGCCUCAGGAGAGGAAUGUGCCUCUGUUUUUUCGCCCGUAGUUUCCCAGUCGACCCUAAUAUCGCAGGGCCCAUACGCUCAUCCCCAUCCAGAGAAGCCAUGUGAAUGUAAGCCACAGUAACUCUGUAAUGACGCCUACGUUUGAAAGUUGUUUUGUGGUUUAGUGUUUCAAACUGGUGAAAAUACAAGAAAAACAACUCUGUGGGUGCGUGUGUGGUCCUCUCUCGUUUUAAACUGUUGAAUCCAUCCAGCUGGUCUAAAAUAAAGUGAACUUCUGUCGUCUGUCUUACUGUGAACUGAUUACCUCAAUAAGAAGAUCUGCUGUGAGUUACACAGGUGUCCUCAUCCCUUCAGAUCCUGAUCCGUUGUGUCAGUGGUUCUUUACAACCCUCUUAUUAUGAAGUUGUCUUUGUUUUUAAUGAUGGUUUCUGUGUAUCUAGUAACAUGAGGUAAAAGCUCUCCCUGGGGAAGUCGCUGUUGAUGCACAACUAGCACAAUGCUGUCCUUUCGUGUCGGCUGUCCAUGGAAGACACUUCAUGGUAAUACUGAUAGAUAAAGACUAGGCUAAAUAUCCUCUGUAUUAUUAUAGCAAAGUGCGACACUGGCUUUUUGGGUGACUGUUUAGAGGUGUAAACCAUGUGUGCUUUGUUUGUGUGUACACUGAAACAUGCUUUAACCGACCUCUGAAUGGGUAUUAUGUCCGUUUGCAUUGAAAGGUUCUGCCAUAAUGACACUCUUGGAACAUUCAAGUCUGUGGAAGUCUGUUGGUUGGAUCCGUCUGAACAGCACAAAGUAGACUUGGGAAAUAAUUGGCAUGGCUUCAGACCAAGCCUAAACAACAUAGUUUAACAUGAUGUCCAGAGGAGCUACGAUAUACAAAUUUAUCCAGGAUCAGCUGAUUCUGGUCCUAGGAGAUGUUUUACAAUCUAAAGCCCCUUUUAGUUCAUAGAUCUGUGAUAAUCUCACAACCACAAGCACCCCUUUGAGGAUCACUUCUGUCUUUCACAUCAUAGAAGUAAAUCAGGGAAGAUCACAAGGAUAUGUGCUUAGCCAGCACUGAUGUGCACACAUGCAGAAAAUAAGUGCGCAUUCAAUAAUAUUUUGAUAAAUCUGUCCUGAUCUUCAUGCUGUCUGUCCACAUACAAUCAGUGCUUCAAGUCCAAGCAAUGUUGGACGUAAUCCUCAACAUGUUAUCUGCAUCAGAUACUGCUGAUGAACAUAUCUGUCAGAAUAAACAGACACGGGAGCAUCAUAAAGUGGUGCUGCUCUGAUUGCACCCUGCGCAUCAAGUCUAACGAUAAGUUACAGGCAGUUUCCAGAGCAUCCAACAGUCAGGUAAAACAGCACCUAAAGACAUUGUUACCAGCAUUGACAUUUGAGUUCAGCAUCAGGUCAGGCAGAAACUGCCCAAUGUGUGGGAUGCACUCUUUACAACACCCAUGUCUGAAUAGCAUUGGUUCGCUGAGAGGCUCUUGUCCAUUAUGCCAACUGGCUGUAACACACCACUGAACUCCUGAUUCCACCUGUUCUCCACUGGUGCCUGUUUUAGACGUGCCAGAUACUUGCAAAUCAAAAAUUCUGCACCGGUCAGUAGUUCUCCAGGACGUUUGGCUUCUCAUUUAAAAUGUUUAUAGCAUGCUAUCUGAUGGAUGUCCGUGAGCUGUUCACAGAAUUUUCAACAGCUGUUUUGGGGUUGGUUUAUUUCACAGCUAUUGGGGGAAAUGUUUAUUAUUCUGAUGUACACUGGCAAAGACAAAUCAGAGGACCUGUGAGGUAUAGAAGAACUAAGAAAACUAAGUACUAACAAGAAUUAAUUGCCAAAAAAAAUGAGCAGCUGUGCUGCUGGUCAUCAGUCACGCCUAUCGUGCCAAAUUGAGUCGCCACCUCUGGGAUGAUUUGGUGUCAUCGGUUCACUAUGGCCUUCUUGUUUUCUCAAUUUGCACUAUUGAUGUGAUCCACAAUAAGGUUCUGCUUGGUAUAUUCCAGUAUUUGUUCCCAGAUUUGCUAUACACAAAGGAGACAGUAAAUUAGAAGAAUGUUGGACACGUCCCUUCAGGCUGGCCAUCUCACAGUUGAAGAGACAAGAUUUCGCUCCUAAAAAGCAAAAAGCAUCAUGGAUGUGAGACUGGUUAUCCAAUGUGUAUUGUUAGUUGUGCUGUGUGUGUAAAUGUUUUAUGCAUACAGCGUUGUGAUUGUACCUGUACUACUUCUUUCAUCUGACAUAGAGAUUAUUUGCACAUUUGCCUUAUGUUGGACUCAUUUGUGGUCUUAGGUUCUUAAAAAAGGCAGAGGAAGUUCAUUUCUGUGUUUAGGUGUUGAAGUACUGUCAACAAAAUAAAAUGUUCUAUGAUUUCUACA